AUGUCUGGACAAAAACAGCCUCGUGAGACAGUCGCGGAUCAGAACGAGUUCCAGUACGCUCCGGACGAGUCCCAGCAAGAUCAAAACUUGCUCUGGAGCCCGGGACAAAUCGAGCAGAUUGACGAGUUCCUCGCAGAGCACGGACAAAACAUGAACAACAACUACCAUUACCAGGACUUCCAGGAGGAUACGCAAAUGGGCGGCGAGUAUACUGCUCCUGCACAGUAUGUGAGCGGACGAUACCACCAUGCUGCACUUCCACCGAUCCAAGAAGAAUUCGAUGCCUGCUACUGGUGCGAUCGUGUCGACGGUGGGCAUGAGGAUGAUUGUCCAGGUGGCCAACCAGCAUUUCAGCAUUUUGGGAUAGCGCCGCCGGCUACUCCGUACCUUCGUCUUCCCCGUAGAACCCCGAUGCCUACCACUCCCCGACAGCCUGCGCGGGCCAUAGCAUCAUCACCAGCUGGUGAUGGGUCGCCCGCGUUUGGUCACGCUGGUGCAUCGCAAUUUGGCAACAAUGCGCAGCAUCAUGGUUCCCCAGUAGCAGCUGCUAUGGCCCCACCGCCUCGUUACGCAGGCCGUACGAACGCAGUGCAGGCUUGCGGCUCCCAGCUUGAUGACACUGGAGCUGGAGCGUCCUCCAUUCAGAACUAUGCCUAUCCUGGGGGCUAUGCCGAUCAGUUUCGACAUGUUCAUGGACUGCCAGACAUUCAGCAUCCUCCAGUAUUGAUGGAAUGCCAGCAGCUUCAGCGGUACGAUCUGCAUCAGCCUCCGCAACGUGGACAUUUGCCGUUCGAUGGGGUCCCAGAUGCGCAACCGCCGGCUCAAGACGUCCAAGGACAGAUGCUUCCUACAGUUCCACAGUAUGCGCAUCUGCAGCAUCGUGCUUCGGUGGGCGACCAAGCGGUGGGUCAAGACUUUCAAGCGCAGAAUCGUCUGAAUCCAAAGCACCUGCGGCAGCCGGCUCAAGCUGCUCCUCAGCAACAGCAGCAGAAGCGAGAUCGCCUACAAGGAACACCAGCCUACCAGUUCCGCCACGCAGACAUCGCAACAGCCCGCGCUCACCUCAAUCCACCCGCGAAAACGGACCUCAUGGUCGACAUAUCACCCCCCGAAGGCGACGACGACCAAGCCGUCGAAACCAACCUUCACAACUGGGCCUCCGCCCUCUUCACGGCAAUUUCCCACCCCCCGGGUCCUCCACCCAUAGGCUUCCCUGCAGAAUUCAUCCCCUACUACACCUCCCACCAAAGCAACGAACACAACGCCAUCCUCGCCCACACCACCACCAACCCCAUCGCCUCCGAAGCCCGCACCCUCCUCUUCCUCUCCGAAAUCCUCUCAAUCCACCAACUCGGUAUCCCCACUUCCGUCGCCCAACGCAAAGCUCACCGUCAAGGCUACAUCUUCGAACACCACGGUACUUGUUCCCAGCGCAUCGAGACCGUCAUCAACUGUCUCCGGCAAGACAAAUACGUAGCUCUGGAUGUCCUGUCGGGACAUGGGAUCGUGGAUUUCGCUCGUUCGCCUUCGCGGUAUUUGCGGCGGAAACAGGAGAAUUCGCGUGUGAAUGCGCGGAAGGCGCACGAUAAGAAGGUGGCGGAGGAGAAGGGUACGCUGAAGCCUCCGAGUCGGGGUGGUAGGAAGCCUCAGGAGGCUUUGACGGGAUUUGCGAUGGGGUCGCCUGUUGAGGAUCCAGCUGCAGCUCCGGCAAACACGGCGCCAUUUGCUGGGUUCUCGACGAUUCAGCAGCAGCAGGCGCCGAUACAGCAAGUCUCAGUGCAGCAGCGGAUUGAAGGCAAGAAGCGCGCACGUGAGGGGCCCAAGGAUGUGCAAGAAAAUGGCGGCAAGGUCAAGCGUACGAAGCGGAAUAACUAUGACUUCGGCUUCGCGAAUGAGUAG